UCUAUGUUCUGCUGAUUGUAGCCUGAUACGUAGCAAUAAAGCCAUCAAGAAGACAAACCGAAUACCAACAAUCCCACCGGCCACAUAUUUAGCCGUGCCCACCGCUGAAGUUCCUUUAAUUUUCACUUUCCGAAUAAUUAUUUUCGACAGCAAUUAUCACUUCUUUGGUGAAAAUUGAAGGAUCGGAGCUCAGGUUAAGGUGAUGAAGCUUCCGAAGUUUAUACGAGCUCUCAGAUUCGCUGCAUUUGUAAAUCGUACCACUGUAUGACUCCAAAAUCAGUGAUCGGGAGGAAGGUGUUAAUUGAGAUUUGAAAUGUUUGAGAACUUGCACGGAUACUCAAUGCAUAAGCGAACAAUGAUAUCAAGGGAUUACAAUUACUCAACUGAUGUAGAAGAUAGUUCAGAGCUGGUAAAACACAUUUCGGAGCAAGAGACUGCAAGUCCCCCGUGGAAGCUUUCUUUACCACAUGUGCUUGUAGCAACUCUAGUUUCCUUCUUAUUUGGCUAUCAUCUUGGAGUUGUUAAUGAACCACUGGAAAGCAUAUCCGUUGAUCUUGGCUUCCAUGGGAAUACCCUGGAAGAAGGAUUGGUGGUUAGUACCUGCCUCGCUGGUGCUUUUAUUGGAUCCCUGAUCAGUGGUUGGAUUGCUGAUGAAGUUGGGCGUCGUAGGGCUUUUCAGUUGUGUGCAUUGCCUAUGAUUGUUGGUGCUUCGAUAUGUGCAACUGCUAGAAGUUUGGGUGGGAUGCUUCUGGGGAGGUUUCUAGUUGGUACUGGUUUGGGCGUGGGUCCCCCUGUCGCGUCUCUUUAUGUCACAGAGAUAUCACCUGCUCAUGUGAGGGGUACUUAUGGAAGCUUUAUUCAGAUAGCAACAUGUCUUGGGCUGAUGGGGGCUUUAGCGAUUGGGAUUCCUGUUAGGAGUGUUUUUGGCUGGUGGCGCAUCUGCUUUUGGAUAUCUAUUUUAUUAAUGAGGUUUUGUGCUGAAUCUCCACACUGGCUAUACAAGCAAGGAAGAAAUGCUGAAGCUGAAACGCAGCUUGAAAGGCUUCUUGGAGGUUCACAUGUAACAGCUGCAAUGGUGGAGCUGUCAAAGACUGAUAAAGGAGAUGAAAUGGAUACCAUAAAGCUCAUAGAUUUGCUCUAUGGGAGGCAUGCCAGAGUUGUUUUUAUUGGAUCAACCCUAUUUGCUUUACAACAGCUUUCUGGAAUAAAUGCUGUAUUUUAUUUCUCUUCAACUGUAUUUAGACGUGCUGGAGUCUCCUCGAACCUGGCAAAUGUUUUUGUGGGGAUUGCAAAUUUAAUAGGUUCUACUAUUGCGUUGGCAUUGAUGGACAAACUUGGAAGGAAGGUCCUCCUUCUCUGGAGCUUCUUUGGCAUGGCUAUAUCAAUGACUCUUCAAGUUCUGGCAUCAGCUUUGUUUGCAUCAAGUCCUAAUGCUUUUUAUCUUUCCAUUGGUGGGAUGCUACUGUUUGUCUUAUUGUUUGCUGUUGGAGCUGGUCCAGUACCUGCUCUCCUACUCCCCGAGAUACUUCCAAGCCGUAUUAGGGCUAAAGCUAUGGCAUUUUGCAUGUCUGUGCACUGGGUAUUAAACUUUCUUGUCGGCCUGUUGUUCCUACGUUUGCUUGACCAAAUGGGGCCUGAGCUUCUGUAUUCAAUGUUUGGUACAUUCUGCAUGCUCGCAGUGGUCUUUGUAAAACGAAAUGUGCUGGAAACAAAAGGAAAAUCCCUUCAAGAAAUUGAGAUUGCUCUUCUUCCUCAAGAAUAGUUUUGAGUCGCUGUAUCCUUUGGAGUUCCACCGUUGUAUCAGUUUAAGCAGAAGUGAUCGGAAUACGUCCCUAAUAGAUUAGGUUUCUUCCACUGCCACAUUUUUGUAUAAGAGAGCAUGGCCAAUCUUGUGAUGAGCUGAACAUAUUUAUUUGGUUGCAAAUUGGUGUACGGUGUAAGAAGAAACGUUGGACGUGUCUAUGUCUUGCCACUUGAACAGUAUUUGCUGCAUAAGGACCCACUAGUUUUAAGUAGCAUCAUGUUAACUGCAA